CAGCCAGAGAGUGAAACAUGUAAAAUGGAUUUGUUGUUUUUUGUACUGCUUCUGGCUGCUGGACUUCAAGGUCUACAUGUUGAAGGCCCCUCCGGUCCUCUGGUGGUCCCGCUGGGGGGCGCUGUGCUGCUGCCGUGUUCUGCUCAGGACCCCCUCCCUCUGGAGGGUCUCAGAGUGGAAUGGAGCAGAACAGACUCAGAGUCUGUAGUGAACGUUUUCCAGCAGAAAGAAAUCAGAGCAGAGCUGCAGAGUCAGAGCUUCAGGGGCCGAGCCGACUUCUUCCCAGAGGAGAUAUCGAGAGGGAACUUCUCCAUCUUACUCAGUGACGUCACACCAGAAGAUGCUGGAGUUUACAGGUGUGGAGUUUCCUCCAGUCAGGACUACAGAGAGACCACAGUGGAGAUUAAACUCAGUGAGCGGUUGGUGGUGAGGGGAGCGCUCCACCCCAUCUUCACCUCAGUGGGUGAGGAGGUGAUACUGAGCUGCUCUGUAGACUCACAGAUUCCAGUCCACCAGCUGGAGGAAGUGACCUGGAAAAAACACCCAGACAUCCCAGUUCUGCUCUUUCAAGAAAACCAGACCUUCUCAGAGUUUUCUCACGAGAGCUAUCGAGAACGAGCCGAGUUCUUCACGACUGAAAUCCCUCGAGGAAACUUCUCACUGAGGCUGAAGGACGUUAGGAUGGAAGAUAAAGGAGAAUUCAUCUGUGAAGUCCACACUGCUGACCCUUCAGGACAGACCACAGUGAUCAUCCAGCGAAUAGGUUUCUCUUCUGUCCAGAUAUGUAUCCUUGUGAUGUGUUUCACUUCAUUAACACUCGCUGUCGGACUCGGAGUUCCUGUUUUUUAUCUUUCUACACAAACAAGCUACAACCAGACUUAUCAUGAUCAUGCAUAUUGUACUGGCCUUUUGUCCAAACAUUUGCAUGUUCAUUGGUUUUGUGCUGUGGUCAGCAGAGGGGCUCCCCAAUGAGGUCGUCAUUUGUGCAGCUGUCAGUCUUGCUCGCUGUCUGAUGUUGAUGAAGACUGCUCCUCAUCUCAACUCACUUCCAGCCUGCAUGUGAGGACUCUGCUAACAUGAUGGAUGUGGUUGAACCAAGCCGCUCAGCUUCAAGUCCUGUGACCAACUCUGGAGCUUCUUCUUCUGACUUAAAGCCUGAAUAUGAGGACGCUGCUAACGUGAUGACCGUAGUUGAAUCAAGCCACUCAGUUUCAGCUCCUGUGACCAAUGCUGGAGCUUCCUUAAAGAUACAAGAGAAGACUUCUGAUUAUUCAGAUGACCUUUUUGACUCCACUGAUGAUAAUUACAACUCCAGUAAAAGCAGUAAGGACAAUAAUCAUGCAGGUGCUGAUAAGGUCAGAAAAUUGGAACACACAUGGGCUGGGAACACACUAAGAAAACGACAAAGCAGUCAAAGCAAGUUACAGUGGACAGUGAAUUGGUAGAGCCUGAAAGCAGUAUGACCGAGAAUGAUGCACCCAUCUCAUUGCCACAAGAUAAUGCAGGGCAAUUUGACGAGGAGGCAGACCAAUUGCUGAAGUCAAACAAAAAAGUGAGAGAGUGUGAUGCAACUUUGUCCUUACCACAAGUCAGUGCAGGGCAAAAUGACGGUGAGACAGGCCAAUUGCUGAGGUCAAUUAAAAGAAAGAGAGGUCCCUGUAAGAGAACACCCUGGAGUGUUAAUGAAAUCCAUGCUGUGGAGAACCACAUGAUGAGGUUCAUUCAAAGCUGGAAAGUUCCAGGAAAAGCUGACUGUGUUCGCUGUAUAGAAGCUGAACCACUGGCACUUAAAAACAGAGACUGGUUAGCUGUUAAGUUCUACGUAAAAAAUCGCAUCACAGCAUUGCAGAGACAGGUGUAAGACUUGGUCAACACAUACUGUAUCUUGAAUGGAGAAUGGAGAGCUUUAUUAUUUAACUUAAAUUGUUAAUUUUCAUGGUUUUCUUUGGUCUGGUUAAUCUGGUCAUGUGGACAAGGUUGUUCAAGGUAAAAGGUUUAUUGCAAGAUGCAUAUUUGCUGCAGUAUGUUCUUAACUUUUCUACAUCUAAUACUUAUUCUGUUACUAAUAAAUGCAUCUUUAAACUAAUGCAUCUAUCUGGAUUAGUAAUUUUGUUUGCAUUAAGAAGAAAAAAGCAGUGUUCCUUCUCAGUAUGGAACUGGUCCUCACAAAGAAUGAAAACGAGUGAUGUGUGUAAUGAUGGUCCUCAGAUAUACUCAAUACCUGAAAUGUCCCCACAA